GAAUUAGGGACUUACUUUGUCAAUCCAUCACUGGAAACAUUUCCGGGAAAACAAGGAAACAGGCGGUGCUGCCUUGUUUCUUUAACUACUAUAUUUCUUUCCUUCUCCACUUCUUCUGUUCUUCCUCCUUUCUUCUCUAUCAACGAGCAAAUUUAUUUAGGGUAUCAAGAAGGGAUUAUACAUGGAGGAAAAAGUCUUCAUGUUCUUUGAAUCAUAAGUUAAAGAAUUUUGUGGCAACCCCAAAGGACUUCAAGAACUAGUUCAUAUAGUCUAUAGUUGGAAUUUGAGUUCCAAGAGCGGAACUUGGUGGUUGGAAAUACAAAAGCUAUACUCCCGCGGGUAGUGUCAUUUGGGGACCCGAAAUACUAUCCUACCUAGUUAAGCACUAAGCCAAAAAAAGAUAAUAUAUGUCUCAUAAUAAUUGGCAAUAUACCCAUUUUUGCUUUAUUGGGUAUGUCACGAAAGUUCAUUCUGUCGAGCGGCCAACUCUUUAUAAGUAGCAAGAGUGUCUACUCCCUUUGCUCUAAUAACUCAAUGGCAAGCUUGUUCUCUACCCAAAUCUCUCCCUCACUGGCAAAUGGUGCCACCAAAGAACAAAGCCACGACAAUCAGCAAGAAUCCCCUGAUAUAAUAACACUUUCUGAGCUUCCAAAAGAAAGAGGUUGGCUGACUGAACAUGUACACCAAUACAAAGGCUUUUGGUAUCCCACAGGAAUUCUCCAAGGUCUUAUAGCACUUCAGCAGCAACACUUUAAGCCAAAACCAAACAGUGUCAUACUAGCCAGUUACCCAAAAUCUGGCACUACAUGGCUGAAGGCCCUUUUUUUUGCUAUUACAAACAGAUCACACUUGGAUUUCAACACACACCCUUUGCUCACUUCAAAUUCACAUGAGGUAGUACCACAACUAGAGGCUUAUGCAUUUAAGCACCCAACAGAUCCCACACCAAACACUUGUCUCAUGCAUUCACAUCUUGCUUUCAAUUCAUUACCAGAGUCCAACUGCAAAAUAGUGUACAUUUUUCGCGAUCCGAAAGAUGUGUUAGCUUCUUGCUGGUAUUUUGUGCAGAAAUUAAGACCCAAAGAACUUCCUUUCAUUUCCCUACAUGAAGAAUUUGACCAAUUCACUAAAGGGUGUUCCCCAUUUGGUCCAUUUUGGGAUCAUGUAAUGGGCUAUUACAAAGCUAGCUUAGAAUUUCCAAAGAGGGUUCUUUUAUUGAAGUAUGAAGAUUUGAAAAAAGAUCCAAUCUUUAAUGCAAAGAGAUUAGCAGAGUUCUUGGGGCAGCCUUUUUCCUUAGAGGAAGAAAGGGAAGGCAUUGUAGAGAGAAUAACAGAACUUUGCAGCUUUGAGAAACUGAGUAAUUUGGAGGUGAAUAAAGAUGGUACAUUCACUGGAAAUUUUAUUCCUACUAUUGCAAACAACACAUUUUUCAGGAAAGGCAAAGUUGGUGAUUCCAAGAACCAUCUUUCAAAGGAAAUAAUUGAGGUUCUUGAUGAUAUCACAAAGCAAAAGUUGGGUUUUGAUUUGAUGACUACAUCUGUCACACCGCAGCAAAAUGGUAAUGGAUUGAGUCAGACAAGAAUCACAUCAACUAGCAUGUAUUUUCUUCAUGAGGAAAUUGUCCUACAAAUGAAAAUUUUCCCUUUAGUAGUCAGUCCUCUUUGCUUUAUUGUUUCGGUUACCUUCUGUUGGUCAUGUUGCAAGCUUUGGUUCUUGAUUCCAAUAAAUGUGGCUUUUUGUUGUCAUUUCUGAUA